ACGUUUGGUUGGUGAGGUUAAAGCUGACCACUUCUUGUUGCCGUGUUGAGGUUUCUUUGAGAAGCAUAGACUGCGCGUUCCUUUUGUCUCUAAGCUUUUGAAGUCUUUUGAGGGAAGCAAAAUGGAUCAAUUGGGUUUUUCUCAUUGCUACUACUUGUUGUUGGGAAUUUGAAUUUUGUGAGUUGUGAGGGAAUCAAGGACGUAGUUUUGUGCAAUCAAACUGAGAUCGUUAAAGCAAGCUGCUAAAUUCUGCGAGGAUUAUGUGUUGUACACUGGUGGGAGCUAUGAAGUGCUUCUCCUUCUAUCUUGGAGACAAAAAGGAUGAACCAAAAAGCCCGAAUACAACAUUUACCGAUGGUGAAAUAAAGAGAUCUGGAUCUGAGUUGGAUUCCCAGAAUAUCUCUGACGCCAGUUCAGAGUCCUUGAGGAGGAACCAAUAUCCUAGUUUCUCUCAGAGGCCCAGCAACCUCAGAAUAUUCACAGUUUCUGAGCUGAAGGCAGCCACUAAGAAUUUCGGCCGAUCUGGCAUGGUUGGAGAGGGUGGGUUUGGGUGUGUCUAUAAAGGGCAGAUUAAGAGUUUAGAAGAUCCAUCCCAAAAACUUGAAGUUGCCGUGAAACAGCUCAGUAAAAGAGGGUUGCAGGGGCACAAGGAAUGGGUGACAGAAGUUAAUGUUCUCGGCGUGGUUGAGCAUCCAAACCUUGUCAAACUAGUGGGCUACUGUGCUGAGGAUGAUGAAAGAGGAAUCCAGCGACUUCUUAUUUAUGAAUAUAUGCCUAAUGGAAGUGUAGAGAACCAUUUAUCAAAUCGUUCAGAUACACCUCUUUCAUGGGCUAUGCGAUUGAAAAUAGCACAAGAUGCUGCUCGUGGCUUAGCAUACCUACAUGAAGAAAUGGAUUUUCAGAUCAUUUUCAGGGAUUUCAAAUCUUCAAAUAUCCUGUUGGAUGAGGAGUGGAACGCAAAGCUAUCAGAUUUUGGAAUGGCUAGGUUGGGUCCAGCAGAAGGAUUAAGCCACGUCUCAACAGCGGUUGUUGGAACCAUGGGUUAUGCAGCACCUGAGUAUAUCCAGACUGGACGUCUGACAUCUAAAAAUGAUGUGUGGAGCUAUGGGGUCUUUCUCUAUGAGCUCAUUACAGGUAGGCGUCCUCUGGAUCGAAACCGGCCCAAGAGUGAGCAGAAACUCUUAGAAUGGGUAAAGCCAUACCUGUCAGACUUGAAGAAGUUCAGGUUAAUAAUAGACCCUAGGCUUGAAGGUAAGUACCCCCUCAAGUCAGUUCAAAAGCUUGCAAUUAUAGCCAACAGAUGUUUGGUCAGACUCCCCAAGAACCGUCCAAAGAUGAGUGAGGUGUUGGAAAUGGUAAAUCAGAUUAUAGAGGCACCAUCAGGCCAGAAAAAAACCAAGGAGGCACCAUCGGGCCAAAUCAAAUUCAAGGAGGCACCAUCUGGCCAAAAUAAGAUCAUGGAGGCACCAACAGGAACAGCAAGUCUGCCACUACCACCGGUCAAUUUGGCACCAAUAGAAACUUCCAGGGACCAUGAAACAGUGAGCAAGAAAAGAAAUGUGGAAAUGAGGAGGGGAGAAACUGGUUGGUUAUCUCGUAUGUGGACACCGAAGCUUUUAAGGACAUGCUGAUUGGAAGUACCCUUUAAGCACUAGUCCUGGUGGUUGUCCCCUCGACUUAUCUGAUGCAUAUAUUAUAGUUUGACACAGAAAACGCAGAUCAGCUAUUUUCUUGUAAAUAACACCCUUCAUCUUCCAGUUCAGCGCUGUCAAAAUCUACGUAUAGAUCUGCGAUCAAGUUUACAAAUCUUCUGCGGGAAGUUUUAUAGACAUUGCGCCAAGAAUAGAAUGUAAGACGGAUUUCAGGCUGCUUCAAAGCUGGUCCAAGUUCUUUUGGUAAGUAACAUGUAGUGCAAGAAGCUUUGAGAUGCUAAUUGUAGUGGUCUCAAUUAUAGAGGAACAUCUUGGUUGUUAUUUGAGUACCUAGAAAAGCACAUGUGAGAUUAAGUUUUCACUAGUAAUCAAGGUAAUCACCACUCUGUUUGUAAUUGUAACUCUUUUUUCUAACUUGUAUUAUUAUUAUUUUUUUCUUCUUUUUAUCGAAAAAAAAAAUUGUAUUAUUAUUAUUAUUAUUAUUAUUAUUAUUAUCUUUUU